GAGAUGAACAUUGGACAAUUCUAAGUUUUCUUUGGUUUGAUCUGAGCACUGUCACUGAGCUGAGGAAAAGAAGCGAAAGUAAGGAGACCAUCUACGCAAUCCCAUUCUUUCCUCCACAACCAUGGGCGCUGCGGCUUGAUCUCAGCAGCAAUACACCGCCAUCUCUUCUCUUCUUCAUCCUGUUAGCUUCCCCUGUUCAUCCGCUGGCUCAGAGUUUGAACGACUGACAGAAAUCUUCAAAGGCCAAUGGUUUCUCUGUAAUUACUUUGUUUAUUUGAAAGAUCUCUACCAGAUUGCUGAGGGACUUUCUUGCUUCCCUCUUUUCCAUGAAUUCCUCUCUGCAGAUUCUGAUGAUGUUUGAGAAUUGAACUGAUCUGGAGAAGAAGCCUAGCAAAAUGGUGUUGGUCUUAGCCCUAGGGGAUCUUCAUAUCCCUCACAGGGCACCUGAUCUGCCUGCAAAAUUCAAGUCUAUGCUUGUCCCUGGCAAAAUACAGCACAUAAUAUGCACUGGAAAUCUUUGUAUCAAAGAAGUACAUGACUACUUGAAGAGUCUUUGCCCUGAUAUGCAUGUCACUCGAGGUGAAUAUGAUGAAGAUGCACGUUAUCCAGAGACAAAAACACUUACCAUUGGUCAAUUCAAGCUUGGGCUAUGCCAUGGUCAUCAGGUUAUCCCAUGGGGGGACCUGGAUUCUCUAGCUAUGCUCCAGAGGCAAUUGGAUGUGGACAUCCUCGUGACUGGUCAUACACAUCAGUUCAAGGCCUACAAACAUGAAGGUGGCGUUGUUAUAAACCCAGGAUCUGCAACUGGUGCCUACAGCAGCAUCACCUAUGAUGUCAACCCUAGCUUUGUUCUCAUGGACAUCGAUGCCCUUCGUGUUGUUGUCUAUGUUUAUGAACUCAUCGAUGGAGAGGUGAAGGUUGACAAGAUUGACUUCAAAAAGACGGCAACAGCUCACUCUGCACACUGAAGGAAGCUCUUUUUGGUAGUACUAGGUGUUUGUUCUUCUGCUACUCUUUAAAAUCAAAUCCAUGUAUUGUGUUUGUGAUGCCAUACGCUUUGAUUUUAUACCAAAUUCAGGGAUGUUGAACCAGGUGAGGAGAAUUCAAUUGGACAUUUAUAGCUUUAUGCACUAAUAAUUGCUUGUUCUAAUUAUAUAUAAGGCUUUUUUAACAGAGACAAUA